AUGCUUGCGAUCAUCAUCUGUACCAUUAUUCUUAUUUUAAUUGGUGCAGCUAUUGGUAUUGCAUUAGGUGUUAGUUUGAAUAGAAGUACAGGUAGUUUUCGAUGGAAUCCAACUGGAAUUGUAGAAAAUAGUAAUACUCAAUUAAAUGGUCCUGAAUUUGUUUAUCCUGAUGGAAAUCAAAAUAUUUAUGUACCUGAUUACUAUAAUUACCGUAUUCAAAGAUUCCCAUCGGGAUCAUUGAUCGGUACCACAAUCGCAGGAACGGGAACACCUGGAAAUGCUACAAAUCAAUUUAAUGGAAUAAAAAAUAUUUGGUUAGAUUCAUCCUAUCAAUAUUUAUAUGAAGUUGAAUCAUUAAAUAAUCGUGUUAUGAGAUUUUCAACUAAUUCAAUAAAUGGUACCGCUGGAACAGUUGUUGCAGGUGGAAAUAAUCCUGGAAAUAAUACAGAUCAAUUAAAUAAUCCCCAAGGAAUUUAUUAUGAUACAUCAUCAAACUCAAUGUAUAUUGCAAAUUAUGGUGGACAUACAAUAAUUAAAUGGAUACCAGGUGCAUCAAACGGAUCAGUUGCUGCUGGAACCUCAGGUGAAAGUGGAAAUACUUCAUCAUUACUUAAUUCUCCAUUGGAUGUUCGAGUUGAUCAAUAUCAGAAUAUUUAUGUUGCAGAUUCGAGAAAUUUUAGAAUACAAAGGUUUUGUGUAAAAAAUGGAAAUCAAGGUACUACAAUAGCUGGAGGAAAUGGAGCGGGUAAUUCAUCUAUACAUUUAGCUCAACCAAGAAGUUUACAUUUUGAUUCUCAAAUGAAUUUAUAUGUUAGUGAUACUACCAAUCAUAGAAUUAUUAAAUUUGUUAAAGUUUAA